AUGAUGUCGAUGGGGACUUUCAUGGAUGCGCAUGCCAACCACAGAUUGAAGCUGCAUCAAGGAUCUUCCACAUUUUCUGACCGCGACUGGAUCGAUGCCCUCAGCACCUUCUCGGCGACCAAGAUUGAGAGCCAUGCAAAGGGCUUUCGCAACUAUCGUCGAGACAAGGUUUAUAUCAGCAUGAUUGUUACAUACCCUACGAGGUUGACCUGCAAGCUACCGGCACUCUCAGAGCUCCCAAAAGUCACCAGUGAUAUACAGCAGGUCAACGUCAAUGUAGGCGAUGAAAAUUUCGGCGACAUUUUCCCAAAGGAGCAUGUAAAGUUCAUCGAUAGACUCAAGAAUGCAGGAAAACGCAAUGCGGGCGGAUGA